GCCGCCAUGUUGCUGGCGGGGGACCUGCAGCCGGUGGGGGCGGUCACAGCUGCAAACCUCAGCCCUCGGGGGCAGCGGCGCUGACCUCCCCGUGUCCGGCAAACACCGGCUGCCCGUCAGGGUUAACGGGAGAUGUUGGAAGAAGAAUAUUCUCUUAUUUGCACAGUGAACGUUACCCGAUAAGACCAUGAUCCGGUUGAAUCCGCGCUCCCCCGGGCUGUGGCAGCCCUUAUGUUGGACAAGGACUUCCAAGGUGUACCUGACCGCCACGUGCAGAGCCUGCGCGAGGGCAGUCCAGCAAAUGACCACCCCAGGACUGCGCCCAAAGCUUAGCCAACUUGUGCCUCAGAAACUGAGCUUUCAGCAGCCGAAACGAGGCAUGAAGCGCCAUAAGAAUCCCUUCACCCAGAACCAGGAGGAAGAGUGGAGAAGGAGGAAUAAAACGGUGCUGACGUAUGUGGCGGCUGCGGCCAUCGGUAUGAUCGGCAUGUCCUACGCAGCAGUGCCUCUGUACAGACUUUACUGCCAGGCAACAGGGCUGGGGGGAGCUGCAGUGGCCGGUCACAAUGUGGAGCAGGUGGAGACGAUGACUCCUGUGAAGGACCGAAUUAUUAAAGUCGCUUUCAAUGCUGACGUUCAUGCCAGCCUACACUGGAACUUCAGACCCCAACAAAGUGAAAUCUAUGUUGUUCCCGGAGAAACUGCCCUGGCAUUUUAUAAAGCGAAGAACCCUACUGAUAAGCCAGUCAUUGGAAUUUCUACCUAUAAUGUGGUGCCCUUUGACGCAGGGCAGUACUUCAACAAAAUACAGUGCUUUUGCUUUGAGGAGCAGCGGCUGAACCCCCAUGAGGAGGUGGACAUGCCUGUCUUUUUCUACAUUGACCCAGAAUUUGCUGAAGAUCCACGGAUGGCACGAGUGGAAACCAUCACCCUCUCGUACACCUUCUUUGAAGCAAAAGAAGGACAAAAGCUUCCUUUGCCUGGGUACAACUGACAGAAAAUUCUUGUGAACAUUUCACGCGUUAUGAAGAUGUCCUGUUGAUUGACAUUAGGCCUGAAGCGGGAGCCGGUAGGACUAUUUCCAGGGAGAGAUUUUCAGCUAAAAUACAAUGAAGCAGCAAAGUCUUAAUCGAUAAGCCUGCAAAGCUGCCUGCAAUGUAAAUCAGAUAAAGAACUGGGUUUGUAAAGUGGAUAAUGAACUCCCACAACUGAAUACAUCCCACUUUCCCCUCCAAGGAGAGGGUUUAGCUCCUGAAAGCAUUUCAGUGAUAUCCAUAGUUUGGCCGAGCGACAAUAUAGUGACCAGGCUGUCAUUUCCAGUUGGGCACCAUAGAAAAACAAUCCAAAUCUCUCCCAAAUUGCCAGUAAUAAAGUUUCACAGACGGCUGAUGUUCUGCUGCCUGAUCGUAUUAGCAUAUUUGAUAAAUACAAUAUGCAAUCCUUAUAAUAAACAUUGUGUUUGCAUAUAGAGCCUAUAAUAUUAAAAAAUUUCAUAACAACUUUAAA